GAGCGCGCGGGAAUCCCGCGGGGGGAGGCGGAAAUGAUCGGCUACUUUACCUGUUUGGUGAUUUUAAACACCUGAGGUCGGAGCUGGUUCCUGCUGCUGCGCGCGCAGGUGUGUGUGUGAGUGUGUGUGUUUGAACCGGCCAUGUCGGGAACAGCGUCUGACUGACCGCCAGAGCCCGACCUCCGUCCUUCUCGCCUGGACCGAACCAAACCGAACCGAACCUCUCAGCACAUCCACAGCUCGAGCUCCAGCUCCCUCAGCAUGUACUUCAAAGACCGCGAGGAUGAGGUGGAGCUGCGGGUCAGAAGUAAGGAGAGCCUGGAUAAUGGCAGGGAGGCCUUGCUAUCAUCACCGAGCACUUCUAAUAAACCUGUGAUUCGAUCAUUCGACUGCAUCCUGGUGGCUCAUAUAAUCGAGGAUGAGGGAGAUCAGACCUUCAAGAAGCAGGAGGCCUACAUUAAUCAGCUGAGGGCAAAGAAAAUGAAAGUUACACAAAUCAUUCACGAGAACAAGGUGUUCUACGGUGUCCGUGCGCCCGAGGAGAUCUUCGAGAAGUACAAGUACCUGCUGAAGGUGUCGGAUUCCUGCAACUGGGUCUGCAAGCAGAAGGAUUAUGUCCCAAAUACCACCAGGAUCAGGGUUGUCCAUUUCAUCCUGCACCACACAUUCAUUGGAACUGGAGAGGGUCUGCGGGAUCUUGUGAGGCAAAAUGCUUUUGAAACAUUGUUCUGUCUUCAUGAGACGAAGCAGCAGAGGUAUCUGAAGAAGAAGUGGGCGAACUGGGGAGCCAUAAGACAUCUAAUUUACCAGCCUGUGAAUGAUAUAAGGGAGUAUUUUGGUGAGAAAGUGGCGUUAUAUUUUCUGUGGUUGGGCUGGUACACACGCCUGCUGAUCCCUGCAGCCAUCAUCGGUGUGAUUGUGUUUCUUUAUGGCCUGGCCUUCUUCAACACCAAUCCCCUCAUAAAAGAAGUCUGUGAAUCCAACAUCACAAUGUGCCCAGCAUGUGAUAAGAGAUGUCUAGUAUGGAAUCUGUCUGACACUUGUGUUUACGCCAAGGUGAGCCAUCUGUUUGACAAUGAGGGAACUGUGGCCUUUGCGAUGUUCAUGGCUGUUUGGGCCACGCUGUUCCUGGAGCUGUGGAAGAGGCAUCUAUCUCUACACGUCUCCAGGUGGAACGUUUACGACUGGAAUGAAGAUGAGGAGGAACUGAUCCUGGAGCUGGUAAAUGAGCCACACUGUAAACCCAAACUGUAUGUGCACUCCUACCUGCGCAGCAUCGUGGAGCUCGUGCUGGUCACACUGGUGCUGGUGGUGAUCAUAGGCCUGACGCACGUGCUGGUGAUCUGCCGAGUCGCGUCUGCGAUGCUGCUGUAUGACAGUUCGUGGAAGUUCCUGAGUGAGAACGCCAGCGUGUUCGCAGUGAUGCUGGGGGCAGUGGUGCACUACUUAACCAUACAGAUAAUGACUAGGGUGAACAGAUUUGUGGCCUUCAAACUGUGUUCAAUCGAAAAGACUCGCUCCUUUGCGGCAACAGAGAGGAGCUUUACAGUGAAGAUGUUCACCUUCCAGUUCUUCACUCUCUUUUCCUCGCUUAUCUAUGUGGCGUUCUUUCUGGGCAGGAUUAAUGGCUACCCAGGAAACUAUGUGCGGAUAGCAGGGAACUGGAGACUGGAAGAGUGUCAUCCCAGUGGCUGCCUUACUGAUCUCUUCAUCCAAAUGGCCAUCAUUCUGGUCCUCAAACAAACCAUCAGCAACAUAUUUGAGUUCGCUGGGCCUUGGCUGAAGCUCUGUCUGAAGAGGACAGUGUUCAGAAAGCAGCUCAGGAAGUGUGGGAACUGCUACCGGAAGGCAUGUCGAGAAGGCGGAGCUGACAUUGAGCCAUGUGACAUCUGCAACCUCCGUGAUUGGCUGAAGAACUACCAUCUCAACACUGUCAAUGCCUUCAGCCUGUUUAAUGAGUUCUUAGAAAUGGUGAUUCAGUUCAGUUUCACCACCAUCUUCGUGGCAGCUUUUCCCCUGGCUCCAUUAUUGGCUUUCAUUAACAACAUAUUUGAGAUCCGACUAGAUGCCAUCAAGAUGCUGCGUCUGGAGCGGCGGAUAGUGCCAAAGAAAACCAACGAUAUUGGUGUCUGGACUAAAGUAUUGGAGGCGAUUGGGGUGAUGGCAGUCAUUGCUAACGGGCUAGUGAUCGGCAUUUCAUCGGAAUUUGUUCCUCGUCUGGUUUAUCGGUACCGUUACGGACCCUGUGCCAAUGGAACAGCCACAGAUAUACAGUGUAUGUCGGGAUAUAUUGGCUACACUCUCACCACUGCAUACACGUCCGACCAAAAAGUUAGACAGGACUUCACCUUUGAUCAGAUGCUCAAUAACACGUAUUGCAGUUACAAGGACUACCGCAAUGAGAAUGACCACAGUUUCACCUCGCAGUACUGGCUCAUACUCGCCGCACGGUUUGCCUUCGUUAUCUUGUUUGAGCACGUGGUGGUGAUCUGUAAGUUUAUAGUUGCCUGGUUUGUGCCGGAUAAUCCGUUACAAGUGAAGAACAGCCGACUCAGCGACAAACUGUUCCGACUCAAAGAUGAACUGUGGGAGUUGAGUCAGAAAUAUGAUAAUCGCUCUACGGAUGUUUAACGAUUGAAGGACUAAUUUGACGGCUCUUCUUGAACUGGGUGUCUGAAAGGACUAAAGCUGCACAGAGACUGGAUUUAAACCGUUUAAGCCAUUACUUCCAGCUCCACUGGAGGUCGGAACCUCGUUGCCAUAUAUAUUAUCUUAUGUUUAUAUUGUACAUUGUUUUGUUUUGCAUAUUCAGUCUGGUUUAAAUGGAAAACCUUUUAAGAUAUCUUUAUUUAAACUGUUUAAUACUGCUGGUAUAUAUUUUAAUGCACAUAUACUGUUUGUUGGAUUUUAUAUAUUGGGGAGAAUAAAACACAAAAUGUGACCUGUAAAAAAUGUUUGUAUUUUUUCCAAUAUAUCAAAUCCAGCAAAUAAAUAGGAACUGUGCUUUAAAAAGUGAUAUAAAGUGGGGUUUCACAGGGAGCAGUAAGAGCUUAUGUGGCUGCUUUGUGCACAGCUAUAACUUGUGAAUGUGUUUUAUAUAUGGGAAAUAUUACCACAGCUUCCUGCUAAACCUCAUUCUAAAGCCAUUCUUUAUUACUUCCAAGCAUAUCAGUCCCUUUCUCUUUAAAUAUUUUACCUUACUGGUUGUUUUUGUGCCUUUUAUUUGUAUUAUAUAUGGAAAUAUGUCAGUGUAUUUCUUCACUGUAAGUAAAUGCAGAUGCUUUUGGCUUUUGUCAUUGCCUACACAAAAGAAAAGGAGCUUAAAACUGUUUAAAACGUUAUUUUUAAAUUUACAAUGUAUAGAGAGACUACACACCCAUGUAUAACUUCAAAAUGUUCAGAAAUAAGAAUUUAGACAAGAGGUAAAACAUUUGAUGGAUAUUAAUGGAUCUAAAAAAGGAAGAAUGUAGGGGUGGGCGAUAUGGCUCUAAAAUAAUAUCAUGAUAUUUCAGGGUAUUUUUGCGAUAGUGAUAUACUUGGCGAUAUAGGAAAACUAAAAUAAUUCAUUCAUUUCAGGAAUAUAGUAUAAUAGUAUAACAGAAUAAUCAUAAUGUGGGAAAAUAAAUAAUAUAGCAUAAAAUAAUAUAAUGCAACAAAAAAUAUUGCAGAAUAUUUAGUGCAUGCAUUUAAAAACUGCAAACUAAAACACUGUCACGAUAUAUUGUAUACAAUAUAAUAUUGCCCACCCCUAUUUUUUUUAAUAUUCAGUUUUCGUUUUUCCAACAGCAAAUUAAUCAUCUCAAAGUUCAAAAUCAUGGAUAACAAAAAAUACCUUAAUUACUUUCAAAUUAAAGAAAAAUAUUAAAUGUUACCUCUGUCAUAAAAUCCUUCUUUUAAAUGAUUUUAAAAACAGACUUAAUUUUAUGCAUCUAAAUUAUUUUAUCUAAAAAUUAUCAGUUUUGAAAUUAAAUCAAAUUUAUUUAUCUAACGUAUUUUUUUCACCAGCAAAUUUCACCUUAUCACAAACUUCAAACGUAUGAUUUUCACAUAAAUUGUAUAUUGUGCUUUUUUUUUUUUUUUGACCGUUCAAUUUACUUUAAAUAUAGUGAUUAAGUGCAGAUUUCAAUGCUGUACAAAUAUCAGCUUUAAAAAGUGCAGAUGUGCGCUCCAAGUACUCCAAGGACUUGUGCAGAUUGCCUCCUCAUUGUGACAGUGGAGACCAGACCAUAUAUAAGACUGGAUACCAGUGAAGAAGAUACCAGUGCCCUCCCUGGGUUGUUCCUUCCUCAUGCUGUAUGUGCCUUAGUGCAGGUUUACUUACUUACUUUACCAUGUACUGGUUUUACCUUUUACUCCAGAACUGUCUUAUUCUACUGUAUUGUUCAUCCGAGAGGACAGAUCUGCUUUGUUUAAGUGACAUUAUUAAAUUAUGGUUGUGCAAACAGGUGAA